GACGUUUAAUAGUGUUGAACAACAUGACGGUGCGUGCCAUUUCCGAUUAUCAAACUGGUAAACGCAUCUAGCUAGCAAACUUAGAACAUGAGUUUGUUUUUGCCCAAAUUAUCAUGCAAAAAGGAUAUAGACGAAGUAAUAAAGACUGUUGCUGAAAAGGUAUUGGUUCUUCGGUUUGGAAGAGAUGAAGACUCGGUCUGUUUACAGCUUGAUGAGAUUCUAUCAAAAACCUCCCACGAUCUGAGUAAUAUGGCGUCCAUCUACAUCGUGGACGUGGACUCGGCUCCAGUCUACACCAGGUAUUUUGACAUAAGCUACAUCCCUUCUACCGUGUUCUUCUUCAACGGACAGCAUAUGAAGGUGGAUUAUGGGUCUCCAGACCACACCAAGUUUGUGGGCAGCUUUAAAACGAAGCAGGACUUCAUGGACCUGAUCGAGGUGAUCUACAGAGGAGCUAUGAGGGGGAAGAUGAUUGUACAGAGUCCCAUUGACCCUCAGAACAUCCCCAAGUACGACCUGCUCUACCACGGGAUCUAACGGAUCACAGCUGCUCAACCACAGGAUCUAGUGGCAUUUGAACAAAUGGGGGGUCUCAAUAAGGCAGACUGAUUGGUGGACAUAUUACUGAGAGGACACACUCACUUUGAGAGACUGUUCUGGUAUUGAUGUGAUUAUUUGUUGCUUUAGACAUCACAACCACAGAACUCUAGUGGUAUGUCUUGAGAAUUCCAAUAAAUGAAUUUGUUUGUUCCAUUA